CCUAUCGCGUGCGGAGGAGCGCGAAGAGGGUGGGCUGGCGCCUGCGCAGUGGGGCAGCGGUGGCUAGGCGCACGCUGAAGCAGGAGCGGUACUCAGCGCGAGACUCCGGACCGCGAGUGCAGAGUGGGACCCCUCGGCCGUUGCCAGAAUGCCAGGACUAAGCUGUAGAUUCUACCAGCAUAAAUUUCCAGAGGUUGAAGAUGUAGUGAUGGUCAAUGUUCGGUCCAUUGCUGAAAUGGGAGCCUAUGUCAGCCUGCUGGAGUACAACAACAUUGAAGGCAUGAUUCUUCUCAGUGAGCUAUCCAGAAGACGUAUUCGUUCCAUAAACAAACUCAUCCGCAUCGGGAGGAACGAAUGCGUCGUGGUCAUAAGAGUUGACAAAGAGAAAGGUUAUAUUGACUUGUCAAAAAGAAGAGUUUCUCCAGAGGAGGCAAUCAAAUGUGAAGACAAAUUCACAAAAUCAAAGACUGUUUACAGCAUCCUUCGUCAUGUUGCUGAAGUCUUGGAGUACACUAAGGAUGAGCAGCUUGAGAGCCUGUUCCAGAGAACUGCCUGGGUAUUUGAUGACAAGUACAAAAGACCAGGAUAUGGUGCUUAUGACGCAUUCAAGCAUGCAGUCUCAGACCCUGCAAUCCUGGAUAGCCUAGAUCUGACAGAGGAAGAGAGGCGUGUAUUGAUUGACAAUAUUAACAGACGUCUGACACCGCAAGCAGUCAAAAUCCGAGCUGAUAUUGAGGUUGCCUGUUAUGGUUAUGAAGGCAUAGAUGCAGUAAAAGAAGCUUUGAGAGCAGGCUUGAACUGUUCCACAGAGAACAUGCCCAUUAAAAUUAAUCUGAUAGCCCCUCCUCGUUAUGUGAUGACUACAACAACACUGGAGAGAACUGAAGGACUAUCUGUUCUAAAUCAAGCCAUGGCUGUAAUAAAAGAAAAAAUUGAGGAGAAGAGAGGAGUCUUUAAUGUCCAGAUGGAGCCCAAGGUGGUUACUGACACAGAUGAGACUGAGCUUGCAAGGCAGUUGGAAAGACUGGAGAGGGAAAAUGCUGAAGUGGAUGGGGAUGAUGAUGCUGAGGAAAUGGAAGCCAAAACUGAAGACUAAAUAUUCUGGGAUAUUUAGAAGAGACAGACCAUAUGAAAAAUUAGAGACCCCAUUGCAAACACUCUGGACUAAAUGUUUCCAGUAUUGAAAACUUCAAAUAUUUGAAGUGCUUUAUCAUUUUAAAAAGACCAGUAUGUGAAAGGCUAUUCUAAAUAACAUUUGAUGGAGCAACUUACACAAAUUGAAUACUUGAAGGGAAGGUGCCUAGUCAAAUUCAAGACACAGAUCUGGCCAGGGGGAGGUUGCAGCCCUGUGCUUAAAAUUUUCAUAUAUAACAAUUCCUAAUUGGUAAUUACAGCUCAGCGCAUCUGUUAAUGAUCUUUCCUGGGAGCACCAAAACCAAGCAAUUGGAACAGUUCUAUACAGAAUGUACUUGAGCAAAUAUUCAAUAAAUUUCUGGGCUAUGUAACUCCCAAGAUUUUGCUUUUUCCUCUUUUGUCACAUGGCCUAGAGUGAUAUGAAUAUAAAACCUGGAAGGGUGUGAUCAGUGGGUGACUCCCUUUUAGCAUUGCAAGGGCUUUGUUACUCACUUUAAAUCAAGCCAAGAACAAGUGGAACAAAAUGUUUUUCUUUCAAGUUUGUUGAUGCAGACUUGUUUAAAACAGCAUUUCCUUUGUUUUUUAUCUACACUUGGGGAACUGAGAACUUGAAAACUUGUUACCAUUCCAAUAAACAUAGCUGAUAAAUGAAAAAUUCCAUAUAGUUGCACUUUGCUCCUAUAGGUGAAUAUAGCAGGAGCUUUAAUGAACUUACUCAUACUGUAAAAUACAGUGCUGUCUUCUGAGCUCACUGCUGCAUGACCUUCAAUUCCACCCACCCUACAUCUAGUUUAUGCUGAACUGAGCUAUUUACUGUAGAAACAACUUGUUUAUCUUCUCUGAAGGAGAGAAACAAGAUGUGCUUUUAAUGUCAGAGUAUUAAAAAAAAAAAGCUAUUUUCCUUGUCUGUGGGAAUUGGGGGGGGGUUGUUUUUAAGUAACCUUUCCAAACUGCUGAAUUUUUAAACUUAUUUAUAUCUUGCCAGUGUCACAUCCCAUAUUGCACAUCUCCUUUUUUCUUAAUAUUUUAUGCUGCUAGAGGAAAAAUGCAUGAAAAAUGAGACUUUGAGCCUUAACUAGAAAUUCUUAAUAUUGCCACAGUACAAACAAUGUAAUUGGUACAUGGUGUUGCCACAAAAGGCCUUCACAACGGGCAUACCUAUUUCAAUCCAUGCUUGAUUAUCAGAGAAGUUCAUGUGUACCCAACCUUUACUAUGUAAAGAUGAAGUUAAGUAACUUCUAGCCUUUGGAAAAUUCCUGACUCUGUCAUCACAAGAUGAAGAAGCAAAUCUUUUUUAUGGUUAUUUUCUCAAAUUGUUGUUUUCUCAGAAGCUGCAUAUGACAGCCUCUUCAUGGCUUGAAGUUGUGAUAAUGUUAAUUUCCUGUUUGAAUGGGUCUUCCAACUUUGCCUGUUCACUAAAAUAGUGAUUUGACUUCCAUUAAACACAAUAUGUGGGUACUCGGACAAAAGAACAAAGUGUUUAAAAGCUAAAAA